GCCAAAGAACUUGCCCGACUCCUGUACGAACUGCAGGCAUUGCAGGGACAUGUGGACAAAAAGAAUUCGGAGCUGAUGGCGUUGAACCAGGAGAACAAUGAGCAGGCUUUGUUGGCGCUCAACACGGGUCGUGCAAAGCUUCGGGAGGAGAGCGAUGCCCUGAAAGAGGAGAUGCUGGCUGUUGCUGAGGCCAUCCCCAAGGCAGCGCGGAAGCAGCAGCAAGUAAUGCAGGAGGCCCAGAGAGCGCAACGAGGAUUGCAGGAAGCACAGGACCUUUGGCAUGCGCAGGUGAACAUCACCCGCAACGCUCUCAAAGUGGAAGAGAACGAGCUGGCCAAGCUGUCGGGAUGUCGUGAGGCCCUACACCUGGCCUUAUUGGAGGGACGCAGGGCCUCCUUGGAUCUGAGUGGCAAAGUGGCGCAGCUGCGCUCGGAGUAUGGUCGACUGUUGAACUGGCAGCAGGCUCAUUCUGCCCAGUCCGAGAGCGACCCCUUUGGUCUUGAGGCCAUGGCCGCUGAGCUGAGACGUCGCAUCCAGAGACGGGGCGCCACAGCAGCGGGGAGAUGUGGUGGAUCAGUUCGGCUGUGCCUUCAUAGCGGCUAUGGAGAAAUGCAGAAGUUUGCGUCAGAGGAAACAGCAUCGCGUCGAGAAAUGUCGGUUUAUCAGUGA